AUCUUAUUCGCUUUUUAGAUAAAAAUUAUCAGUGAACCGAAAAAAAGCGAUAGCGCGAGUCACUUUUUUAUCGAGUCAAAAGCGCACGCACGCAAACACUGCAGAAGAAAGUUUAGGUUGGGGUUUAAGAAGAAAGUUGCCUAUCACUCUCUCUUCUUCCAUCAUCGUAUCUUCCUACAUUUCAAGAUGGCAAUGAACGGUAAUUCAUCACACGCACAGGCGUUCCAUCGUACUUCGAUGGGUAUCUCGCCACCUCAACAAGGCAGCUUUGCAAGCAUGAUGGCACAUCAAAGACAAGACAGUCAAAAUAUUCCUACUUCUGUCUCUCCAACUUCACCUUCUCAAUUGCCAAGAGCAAGAGCGGUUUCUAUUCCUGGUGCACCUAAAUCAAGCGUACCUCGUUUGCUAACACCUUUUGAUUUGGGUGAAAUUAGAAUCUUACUUCUUGAAAAUGUUUCACAAGGUGCAGUUGAUGGUUUACGUCAACAAGGCUACCAAGUCGAUUUCCAUAAAGGCUCUUGGAGUGAAGAUGAAUUAUGCGAAAAGAUCGGCCAAUACAAUGCUAUUGGUAUUCGUUCAAAGACAAAAUUGACCGCGAAGGUGUUCAGACGUGCUCACAAGCUUUUAGUCGUAGGAUGUUUCUGCAUCGGUACGAAUCAAGUUGACCUAGACGCAGCUGCAAAGGCAGGUGUUGCCGUCUUCAAUUCUCCUUUUGCCAACUCUCGUAGUGUAGCAGAAUUGGUGAUUGGUGAGAUGAUUUGUCUCUCACGUCAAUUGCUCGAUCGUGGUUUGGAAAUGCGAAACGGUGAAUGGAACAAAGUUUCAAAAGGAUGCUUUGAAGUUCGUGGUAAGACCUUGGGUAUUGUGGGAUACGGUCAUAUUGGUAGUCAAUUGUCCGUACUUGCAGAAUCUAUGGGUAUGCGAGUAAUCUACCACGAUGUUCUCCCAUUGAUGCCCUUGGGUAUGGCCUCUCAAACUGACAGCUUGGAACAAUUGUUGAACCAAGCCGAUUUCGUUUCCCUCCACGUUCCCGAACUUCCUGAAACACGCAACAUGAUGGGAACGAAGCAAUUUCAACAAAUGAAGAAAGGCGCUUACUUGUUAAACAAUGCUCGUGGUACAGUGAUCGACAUUCCAGCUUUGAUCACAGCUCUGGAGAGUGGACACGUUGGUGGUGCAGCAGUGGAUGUGUACCCAAGAGAACCAGCCGGAAACGGAAAAGAUCUCUUUGUUAGUUCGAUGAACGGUUGGGAAGACCAAUUGCGUAAAUGUCCAAACGUCAUCCUUACACCUCAUAUUGGUGGUAGCACGGAAGAAGCUCAACGUAUGAUUGGUCUUGAGGUAUCUAAUGCACUCAUUCGUUACAUCAAUUAUGGCUCUUCUCUCGGCGCUGUAAACUUCCCAGAAGUUGACCUACGUGUGAUCACAGAAGCAGAUAGCCGUGUGAUCCGUAUUUGCUAUGUGCAUCAAAAUCAACCUGGUUCCCUACGUGCGAUUAACGAGAUCUUAGCACCUUACAACGUUGAUAAACAACAUACCGAUUCACACAAGGAUAUUGCUUACUUGAUGGCCGAUAUCUCUGGUGUGGAUGACAACGAUAUUCGUAAUAUUUAUGAACGUAUUUCCAAGACGGAAAACAAUAUCUUGACAAGAUUAUUGUCUUGAUUUGUUUUGGUGCGCAUCUUGCAACCUUUCAACAUAGAUUUCCCUUUUCUUUUUUCUCAAUUUGACCUUCUCUUUUCGGUCUCAUGUAUCAACACAUAUUUUAAACUAUUGUGCGGCUAUUUCAACAGUACAUACACAUAAAUUGCAAUACUAUCAACAUUCUCUUGCUCAUU